UGUUUGGACCUGCUGCAUGCUGUUCCUAUCAUACCCUGUCCCUUGGAUUGUUAUUGCGUGUGGAAGGACAGCGACAGUGUCCUUCCAGAUAAGAUGCCAGGCUAGGGGACUUCAGAUGCUGCUCUUCAGACUGCUCCAACUCUCCCUUACAGACACUUGUUUUUUCCUCUAGUGGGUGAUUUAUUGUCAGGCCAACUGGCGCCGGCUAUGGGUGAAUGGGACCUGUUAAGUCGCCUGCUGGACCAGGUCCAGACCCACUCCACCGUCAUCGGCAAGGUGUGGCUCACCGUGCUGUUCGUGUUCCGCAUCCUGGUGCUGAGCACCGCCACAGAGAAGGUGUGGGGUGAUGAGCAGUCCGACUUUGUGUGCAACACCAACCAGCCGGGGUGUAAGAACGUGUGCUACGACCACGCCUUCCCCAUAUCACACGUCCGCUUCUGGGUGCUGCAGAUCAUCUCGGUGGCCACGCCAACCCUGGUGUACCUGGGCCACGUCCUCCACGUCAUCCACGCUGAGCGCAAGGUGAGACUGAAGAUCCAGAGGCAGGCGGAGCUGGACGAGGACGCCCACCUGUUCCUGAAGAAGGGCUACAAGGUCCCCAAGUACAGCCACAGCAACGGCAAGAUCAACCUGCGGGGGAGCAUCCUGCGCAGCUACCUGCUCAACCUGGUGGCCAGGAUCCUGUUGGAGCUGGGCUUCAUCCUGGGCCAGUACUUCCUGUACGGCUUCACACUGCAGGCCCGCUACGUCUGCAGCAUGUCGCCCUGCCCGCACAAGGUGGACUGCUUCCUCUCCAGACCCACGGAGAAGUCCAUGUUCAUAUGGUUCAUGCUGGUGGUGGCCUGCGUGUCUCUCCUCCUCAGCAUCGUGGAGCUGCUUCAUCUGUGUGUGAAAGUGGCGGGCGAGUGCAUAGCUCGGAGGCAAGACUACACCGUCACCCCCGUCACCCCGCCGCUCUUGGAGAGGAAGGCCUUCAAGAACCGAGAGCAGAGGAUCCAGGACCAUUACAACCUGGAGCGCCAGGACAGCAGGGGGCCCGGGGCCGGCAUGGCCAAGGGGGGUGUGGGGGCGGGGCUGAACGGCGUGGCUAAAGGUUCAUGGACUGAGGACAACAACACGGGGGAAGUCCACAUUUAGAAACUUGUGGAGGUCAAUAGAUGACAGCACUUAUUGCUGGUGUCAUUCUCCGGUCAUUUUCAUGAUUGAAUUUUAUUUCGGUCCCUAAUAGUAUUGUCAGAUCACUCUUUUAGUCUCAGGAUGCUGUUUGAUGUUAUGGGAUGACCUGUCCUAAUCUGGUUACUGAUUGGCUAAUACUUUGCCAGAAUAUUGGUUAUUGUUUGCCAGGUAUCAAAAUAUAUAAGUCAAUAUUUUGCAUUUCUGUGUGUAUAUCAUAACCUACUGGCUGAUAUACUGUAGAUCAAUAUACUGUAGGUCUUACAGACUUUUGAUUUUCAUAUCUGUGGUCUGUACACAUUACAAAAAUAAAUGUGAUUUAUUGGUU